GCCAGUCACCGCUCAGGUCGCCUCGACGUCUGAUCGCGAUAUAAGCCUCUAGCAAACACAAGUUUGCAAUCCAGUCAGCGUUGUUUUCACAUGAAGAACAAUUCAGCCCAAAUUUAAACAAGGAUGACGCCGGAGCCGUCCAAGGUGCCCCCAGCCACGGGGUUAUUGCCAGCAAAGCUCGCGCCCGUCUCGGCGAUGCAGGACAACAUGGCCAAGGCCAAGCCGUACGAAUGGAAGAUCGUCUGGACGAAAGUGUUCGUCUUCAUCUACCUGCACUACGCCAUCACUCGAGCCGCCUACCUCUUCUUGACGGGCCAGAUAUACCCGCAUUUCUACACCACGUGGCUUUGGGUUGCGCUCAUUAACGCCCUGACCGUCUUCGGCGUCACCGCCGGCUCGCACCGCCUCUGGUCGCACCGCGCGUACAAAGCCAAGUGGCAGCUCCGGACGCUUCUCAUGCUGUGCCAGACCCUGUCCUUCCAGAACCACAUCUACGACUGGGUGCGCGACCACCGCGUGCACCACAAGUUCACGGACACGGACGCAGACCCGCACAACUCGAAGCGCGGCUUCUUCUUCGCCCACAUGGGCUGGCUCUUGAUUCGCAAGCACCCCGAGGUGGGCAUCAAGGGCGCCACCAUUGACUUCAGCGACUUGGAGCGCGACCCCAUCGUCAUGUUCCAGAAAAAAUAUUAUCUGAUUUUGGUGCCUGUGGUGGCCUUCGCGAUACCCACCCUGGUGCCCACCUUGUUGUGGGGCGAGAGUAUCUACUUCGGGUGGUACGUCACCACCAUUACGAGAUAUGUCCUCGCCCUGCACGCCACCUGGCUCGUCAACUCGGCGGCACACAUCUAUGGCACCCGGCCUAUAGACAAGAGCCUGUCUCCGACGGAGAACGCGUUCGUGGCCUACAUCACGUUCGGCGAGGGCUGGCACAACUACCACCACGUGUUUCCCUGGGACUACAAGGCGGCCGAGCUGGGCAACUACAAGCGGAACCUGACCACGGCCUUCAUCGACUUCUUCUCGCGCGUCGGCUGGGCCUACGACCUCAAAACGGUGUCCAAGGAGAUGGUGGAGAAACGAGUGCGCAGGACGGGCGACGGAUCCCACCCGUACUCUCACCCCGACGACGGUCACCAUCACGACGGCCACCACGACCACCAGCACGGUGACGGCGUCUGGGGCUGGGGCGACGAGGCCAUGUCGCGGGAGGACAUCCUCGACGCCACCACCAUCAAACCGGCACAAGUUCGCAGGCGGCUCUCCCCGAAGGCGUAGCUGCACCUACGCUACACUCUAAAUGUCUUACAAUGAAAUUUGACCAAUGUUAUUCGAAUGUUACAGUGGAUUCGGCGCAAGCAUAGUACGAAGCAAUAUUCCUUCGUAAUACGAAUCUUUUUAACAUUUUCAUUGUAAGAUACAAACAAAAACCUUCGUAAUACGAAGAAAAACCACCUUCGUAUUAUGCUCGCGCCAUUUCCUUUCUAUUGUGGGAAAUUUCUUCGUAAGACAUUUAGAGUGCAGAGCCGAGAAAUACACUGCUAAUCCAAGUGUGGACCAAGUCCACGCUAGGUAGCGUGGACCACCGUGGACUUGGUCCACACUUGGAUUAGCAGUGUACCCACUUUCCGAAAUAGAGCAUUCUACACUGCAAGAAGAAACCACAACAAAAAAACAUAAAUUCCUGGCAAAUUUUGUAUCAGGAAUUUAUUGCACUUUCAAAGUAUGACGAGUGCUGUGCUGUCCAGGCCUCGUUCUGGUUUGUACAAUUCUCGUUGUACUUUGUACAAUUCUCGUUGUACUUUGUACAAUUCCCGUUGUACUUUUAUUGUACAGUUUCUGUUGUACUUAUGUUGUACUAUUCACACUUUUGAUUCGUCUUUUGUUUUAGAAAUUUGCUGAUUGAAGAUAGAUGAUUGAAAAAUAAACAUUGAGUUUAUAGUCA